AUGCCGGGUGCAACCUCUGGGGAGGCGGCGCCGCUGCUUCCCGGCUCGACACUCUCACAUCGAAAACGUGAGCAGCCCGUGUCUGAGAUGGUGUCAAAGAUCAAGGAAGCCCUCUGGGGCCCGCCGUCGGUUGAGCGGUCGCUGCUUAUCAAGCUCGAUUUCACCGUGCUCAUUUACUUUUCCGUCGUGUGGUUCCUGUUCGGCGUCAAUCGCGCGAGCUACAAUACAGCGUAUAUCAGCGGCAUGAAGGAGGACCUGAAUUUCCAAGGAAAGGACUUCAACUACAUGCACACCAUCUACCUAGUCACCUACGCCGUAUUUCAGAUUCCCUCAACCUCACUCUUGACCAUCGUAAAACCCCGCUACGUCUUCGUCGCAGCGAACACAGUCUGGAGCGUCCUCACCCUCGUCACAUUUAGAGCAACACACGUCUACCAAGUUUUCGUCCUCAACGGCUUCGAGGGCGCCUUUUCAGCCAUCGCAUAUGUCGGCGCGCACUUCAUCUACGGAUCAUGGUACAAGCAAUCCGAGCUAGCCACCCGUGCAGCAGUCUUCUGCGCCUUUGGCAACCUCGGCAACAUGGCAGGAGGCUGGAUCCAGGCGGGACUUCUGGCGUCUCUUUCUAGCGGCCCGAUUGAGCCCUGGCGACUUAUUUUCAUAGUGGUUUCGUGCAUCACCAUCCCCUUUGCCGUCUUUGGCUGGUUCGCUAUCCCAGACCUACCAGAGCAUCGCGCAGCAAGAUUCUUGACCCCAGAAGAGAGGGACCUCGCCGUCACCCGCCUCGGAAGAACACAGACAAAAGCAUGGGAUAAGAGCGUAUUCCAACGUGUCCUGCUGAGCUGGCAGUUCUGGCUCCUCCCAACCGUCUUCAUGCUCUACUCCCUCAGCGUCCAAGCAAUAGGCAACAACGUCAUACCCCUUUGGAUGGCAUCCCGGGGCUACUCCGUAAUCCAGCAAAACAACUACCCGACCGCGACCUACGCCACGGGCAUCGUCGCGACCUUCAUUUACUGCGCCGUCUCCGAUAAGCUUCGCUCGCGCUGGCAGGCCUCGCUCUGCAUCGGGUUCACGUUCAUCGUCAGCAGCGCAAUCUUGAUCUCGGACCCGCCGGACGCAGGGCACUUUUUCGCGUUUUAUCUCAUGGGCACGACAUAUGCGCCGCAGGCGCUGUGGUACUCGUGGAUGGCGGACCUGACGGCGCACGAUUUGCAGCUGAGGGCAAUUACGACGGGGUUCAUGAACUCUUUUGAUUUUGCGUUUGUGACUUGGUGGCCCCUGAUCUUUUACCCCGUGACGGAUGCACCGAAUUAUCGGAAAGGUUACAUUGCUAGUCUGGUGACGGGCGCGUUGACUGUGCCGGUGAUUUUGUUAAUUGCCUAUCUUGAGAGGCGAGGGAGAAAACUUGGCAAAGUGGGCAGUGUCCGCGAUGAGCACGCGGGAAGCUCGAGGGAUUAG